AUGAGCCUCGUUCUAUCCCCGCCGAAGCUGGUGCUUUUGGCUGUCCACUUGGCCAUCCAUGCCGAUAUUGAAAGCCUGGCCUUUCUCGCCUCCCGACAUGCCACCGUCCUACGCAAGGAUCUCGUUCUACGCGUCCUCUUGACCUAUCUCCCCGAGACAGUCAGGUCUGGCGAUUACCUUGCCUUUUUGGAGGAACUUUCGACUGGCGAACCCAUCGACCGCGAAGCUGAGAACAUCGACUACUCCAUCGUCGAGAACCUGUCGGACGAGGAUGCUGCGAAAAAGGUUCGCAAACUCCACCUGCUGCCUCUAGCUAGGAAGGAUAUUACCGUCGAAACCGACGACGAUCCAUUGGCUUUAUUUCUUCUCCACCGAGCACACCGUGUCGACGAAGAAGCCGGACUGCUAAACCAACUUCCCGAAUUACUCGGCCCUUUUAUACAAUAUGCUCCAGGUAUCCGGGUCUGGAUGGUCUCAACUUUGUUACCGCUGCUAAGGAGGAAUUACGAAUACUACCCGACCGAAAGCGUGCCGUACACUUUGGCCGAGUUCCAGGGUCUCCCUGAUGGCGCUGCCAUUGAUGCUCUUUUGUCCCAGACGGGCGUGCAAUCGGAGGAUUAUAGUUUGAUCGGGAGAGAUCUCAGAGGCAUGCUUGUGCCUUGGCUGCAUGACGACGCCCGAUGGAAACGUGUAGAGGAGUCUGAAUCAACAGAUGAGGGCGUUUACAGUGCGGGAUGGGAGCGUUUCCUCGAAUGGCUUCUUUCCAAGAGCUCGAGCUCCUGGAGAGUGGCUGUUGCUGCCGUUGAGCAAUGGGGAGGUGCUGUAGACGUGGAUCUGGGAGAGUAUGAUGUUGUAUGGCUCAGCGAGCAGCAGCAGCAGCAUCUCGAUCGCCGCUAUGCACGAGCAAUCAUGGCGUGCGCUUACCUGGUACCGGAGGCCAGUAUAGAAGCUCUCGAAGGAGCUCACCAAAUGUUGAGGAAGGUCAUGGACCUGCUGGGCCAGGAUGACAUGAUGUCACUGCGCGAGGGCGCAGACACAUUAUCUGCCGUUGCUCAUUUGGAACGCGAUGGGAUCUUGAAUCACAAGAACACUGCCUUCAUGCGGGACGAUCUGCUCAAGGACUCGAACCCUCUCACCAAGCCCUCGAGAAAGUCAACACACCUUCUUCACGCCCUGAUUCUCAGCGCUUUCAUUCUGACGCAUUCCGGACUACCCUGCACUAUCAAGAGGGCCGGAGACCUGGCGUUCAUUCAAGAUGAACGAGACCAGAAGGCCGAGGUGGUCCAGCUGAUACACACACUAGCCGAUAAAGCUCCCAAUAACGACGAAACGUACUGGGUAAAGGCACGAAAUGAAGUCCUUUGGCUUCGGAACUGGGGCAUUGCUCCCACGCCAGAGGGCAAGGUGAUGGGAAUAUUUGCUAAAGUCAAGCCGGAAGUCAUCGAGACCGAGAUCUUGAGGGCACUCCUGUCUAGUGGACGAUAUUCGCUGGCAAGGUCUCUGUACGAGGACGCCGCCGACAAGCCGCUGUCACCGCAAAUAGUGCAGGAAACCAUCGUAGCUGUUGCGCUCAACGCGUACGACAAUGCGUCGAACCCGAGCCGCGCGAGGGGUGGCUUAAAAAAAUGCGACGAGAUUAUCAAUGCCUUCCCUCAAACGAUUCAGAGUUCCCUCCCUGAGCGGCGCCGCAUCGACUCCCUGCUGAAAGCAACGCAUGCCCUCAGCGAAUACCGACUGGUCCUGAGACAAGGCGAGCCAUUCAGCCCCAUCGUGUUGCGUGUCCACUCAGAUCCGAUCUCGAUUAUUGGCAGGGUUCUGGAGCAGAAUCCAAAGAGCUACACUCGUAUCCAGGACCUCUUGGACGUGGGGACCAACAUGGUUCGCGCCGGGCUCGUGGACCGCAACAACAAGAAGGCUGCCGCAGCCCAACCCGUAGAAGAUGGGCAGCAAGUCGAUGCUGCGCGGCAACGCAUCACAGCCAUGUGCAUCGAAGCAGCCUUGAAAGAGGACGACUUCGAGACGGCGUAUUCGUACAUCGUCAACCGGCUCGGCGGCGGGGCGGACGCAUCGACGAGCUCCACGGUAAAGGUCGACGACGACUGGUCCUGGAGGGCUGCCCUGCAGGCGGGACAGUACAUCAGGAGUGCCCGAACAGUACGCCCGACACACCUGGGCAACGCCAGUGGGAACCCCGACAUCCGGCACCUAGAACAGCGCAUCGACUGCCUCGCGACGGCCUUGCGGAUCGCUCCUCCCUCGCAGCUACAGGAGAUCCUCAAAACGUUCCGUCGCUGCGAGGAGCAACUCGACUCGGCUCUUAAAGAGGACGCCGCGCGUGAAGAGGACAUUGACGUGCACUCUGGUAUGCCCGGCGGCUUCGACGCAGCCCCUGCGACGGCAAGAUCGCACCGGUCAUCAGGCGAACGGCAGGCCCGCCCAUCUGCCACGGCUGCGAGCAAGGUAGGGGACGACGCGCCCAUGUCGCUGUUCGACCUCUCGCGGGCAACGGCUCGGGCGGCGACUCGCAACUUUACGGCUCUCUCGACGCUACAGCAGUCUGCCGGCGGUGGCGGUGCGGCUGCAACAGCCCCAGCUCAGCCGGCUGCGUCAGGGUCGGCGCCUGACAGCGAAUGGGACGGGCAUGAUGACCACCCUAGGGCGAGGAAACGCGAUCAGCUCCGCGAGGCGGCAAUGGGCACAUUGACGUCGGGCGUCGGCUGGCUUAUUGGUGCGCCUGCGCCUGCGCCGAACCAGUCACAGGCACAAAGAGACGACUGA